AUGACCAGCAAGACGAGUCCAGAGAAGCAGAAAAAGAGGAGGGGCUCUAUGGACUAUAUGGAAGAGUCGGAUUCGGACACGGCUGUGGAGCGGCCUGAAUUAUCGCGAGAAACGAGCCCCUUGCCUGAGGAAUUGAAACCUGAGAGUGCGAAGUUCAGUAGAGCCAAACUUCGAGAUUACAUUUCGUAUGCCACCUCCGGAAGGGGACUGGCGUCAUCUGCAAAGAUUACAGACGAUGGGAGGAUUCUCGUCUCGCUUGACUUGAAGAAAGCUCUCCCAGAUCUUCCUAAAGAUUAUGCAAAUCCUGUCAGGGAGUUUGCCAUAGAUCCCGCCUUGGAAAAGCAUCUCUCCGGAAUUAUAGAGCCUCCAGAGAUUCGAGAGGGAGGAAUGAUUCCCGUAAUGAACAUUGUGAUUAUGAUUGUCGGGGACGUACAACCGUAUCUUGCGCUUGGUCAGCAACUGAAGAAAGAAGGUCAUCGUGUACGGAUCGCCACCCACGAGACAUUCCGCUCAUUCGUUACGGAGAACGAUUUGGAGUUUUACAAUAUAGGAGGAGACCCUAAGGAAUUGAUGAGUUAUAUGGUCAGAAGGUUGGCCUCGCUCACAAACGGCGAUAUUGGGAGAAAGAGAAAGAUGCUGUCAGAGAUACUAGUUGGCUGUUGGGAAGCUUGUACCCAAUCUGACCCAAGCAACCCCAAAGGAUUUGUGGCAGACGCCAUUAUCUCCAACCCGCCCGCGUUCGCUCAUGUCCAUUGCGCUGAAGCCUUGGGCGUUCCAUUACAAAUGACAUUCACCAUGCCCUGGUGCCCAACCGUCGACUUUCCUCAUCCUCUUGUCAAUGUUUCUGAAUCGAAUGCCGAAGUCGGUUUGACAAACUAUCUGAGCUAUGCUUUGGCAGAAAUCAUGACUUGGAAAGGAUUGGGCGACGUAAUCAACAAGUUCCGACAAAAAUCACUGGGCCUUGAUCCACUUUCUAUCCGUUCCGGUCCGGGUAUCGCCGACCGUUUAAAGGUUCCAUGGACCUAUUGCUUUAGCCCCUCUCUCGUUCCCAAGCCACUAGAUUGGAAAAACCACAUAGCGGGUCCACCGCCUAUCUAUAUCGGCUUUGGCUCUGUAGUCGUUGAAGACCCCGCCAAAAUGACAAACGCCAUCUUUGAGGCGACGGCACAAGCAGGAGUCCGCGCACUUGUCUCAGCGGGGUGGGGAGGGCUAGGCGGAGUGACCGUCCCCUCGCACGUCCACAUCCUAGGCAACGUUCCCCACGACUGGCUCUUCACCAAAGUAUUCGCUGUAUGUCAUCAUGGAGGGGCGGGGACUACGGCGAUUGGGCUGAGGUUGGGCAAGCCGACGAUUGUCGUCCCGUUCUUUGGAGACCAACCGUUUUGGGGUACGAUGAUUCAUAAAGCGGGAGCGGGACCACAUCCGAUUAAGAAGGACAAGUUGAAUGUGGAAACGUUGAAGAAGGCGAUUGAGUUUUGUAAGACGGAGGGAGCGACGAAGGCAGCUGAAGUGCUGGGAGAGAAAAUCCGAGCCCAUGUGGGUCUCUUGGCCUCGUCCAUGCUAACACUCAUCAAUGUUUUAGAUGUGAUUUGCUACCCGAGAGACUGGCAGUCUGGUGGAGCACCCCACAUUGCUUUCGCUGCCGAAGUCUUGGCUGAAGAGAAACUCAUAGAUAUGAGCAAACUUGAGCCUCAUCGUGCCAAGGAGUAUGAGAGCAAGGCAAAGUCCAAGGAUCCCCUUUCGGGAGGGUCGAUUGAGAUUUUCAGGACAAUCACCCACUAUUAUGGUGGUAUAGGACAGAUAUUCUAUUCGCCGGUCAAGGGUAUUAUCAAUACCACAACAGCGAUUCCAAGUGGCGUCGUCGAGAUUGUGGGUGCUAUCCAAGAAGGAUUCCACAACCUCCCUACUGUAUACGGAUCCAAAGUAAGAAAACCUGGCAAAGUAAAAGAUGCCCAGAGUGGGAAGAAGAGUGUGCAGCUGAGUUUCCACAAGGGGUUGUUCUAUGGAUAUGCGGAUGCGAUUACUGGACUAGUCACCGAACCGUUUGAAGGUGCCAAAAAAGAGCAGGCAGAAGCUGUGAGUAGUCCUAAAGGAGGAAGUUUGCAGAGCAUUGUGGGAGCGAUAGCUCACCCUGUGACGGGAGCAUGGAUGUCGAUGAAAAAGCUGGGAGGAAUGCGCGCAGCUGAACACAGAGUACAUCAGAUCCGGAUUCAGCAAGGCCGAGAGGCUAUUGUAUCGUCAGACCUGUCCCUCGACGACCGCCAAAGGGUGAUUGAAGCGUUCAAGAAGGCAUGUCUAGCGGAAAACGAAAAGAACCGAAGGAAGACGAUGGAGGAGAGGAUCCAAGAAGCGAUUGCUCAAGGUGGAGCAGGUACAAUGACGGUCGACGAUAGCAAGCAAACCAUCCCAGCUGCAAACCCUGUCGAACGUGGUGCCACCGCUACGACUGCGGCACCGAACCAGGCACCUGCCCUACCACCCCGACCCACUGAAGCCAAGCUUGAAAUCCCGUUGUCGAAAUUGGCCCCUGAUGCGGCAGAAGUAUCAUCUCCUGCUGAAUGGGGAGAAGCAGAAGAGGCCGAAUUUCAGCGACAGCUGGAAGCGGCCAAGGCUGCGUCGCUCGCUGCAACGAAUAACGACCCGAACGAUUUGCGGGCUGCGGGGGGUAAGGGCGAAGGUAGUUCGGAGCCGGGCCAUCAGGGGAGGGAAACCGAACUGAUUGACGAACAAUUCGAAAGGGAGCUACGGAGUGCGAUGGAGGCUUCGUUGGCCGAGCAGCGUGCAUAUGAACGAGGAUUGUUGCAAGCAGCUGCUCAAUGGCGAGAGGGUGAAGGUGACUACGCUGACCCUCCUCCUCCAUACUAUCGCGAGUAUGAGGAAGAACGCGAUGAACUCUCGGAUCUCAAGACACAAAACCAGUCUGGACUCAAGUCCAAGGCGAGCCUCUCUCGGGACGGACGCAUCAGUGUCACCAUGCACCUCAACAAAGCGCUCCCAGAUCUACCCAUAGGAUACGCCAACCCCGUCAGAGAGUUUGCCGUCGACCCCAGUCUGGCCGCUCCAGUCCAUGGACCUCGCAAGGGGGAUGUACAGCCGUUCUUAGCGCUCGGAUUGGACCUUCACCGACAUGGUCACCGAGUGCGGAUUGCGACCCAUGGCACAUUUCGACAGUUCGUUAAAGAUACUGGCCUCGAGUUUUACGACAUUGGAGGUGAUCCUCACGAUUUGAUGAGCUACAUGGUCAAAAACCCCGGUCUCAUGCCCGGUUGGGCGUCAUUAACCAACGGCGACAUUCGAAAAAAGCAAAAGAUGCUGGGGCAGAUCUUAGAAGGAUGUUGGAAUGCGUGCUUUCAACCGGACACGGAUCAGGUACCCUUCAUCGCCGAUGCGAUCAUUUCGAAUCCACCUGCUUUUGCGCACGUUCAUUGUGCCGAAGCGCUGGUCGCCUUCCCUCACCCACUCGUCAAUAUUUCCCAGUCAAAUGCGGAACCUGGUCUCACCAACUUUUUGACUUAUGGAUUGGCUGAAAUGAUGACAUGGCAGGG